AUGGAUCCCCAGCUUCCCACAACCCAGGCACUCCCCGAUGAUUCAUCACUCUUCAUCCAGUCGGUGUCGUGGAUAUCACUACUUAUCGCGGGGUUGAUCGUACUCCCCGUCGCCCUUCUCCUCGUCCUUGAUGUUAUUGUUUGGCUUUGGAGAACUUAUUGGGCCCAUGGAUCACCGACCCAGGAUCAGUCUGAAUGCAGCAGCGCUCAUAGACUAUAUAAUGGCGAAGGCCUAAAUAACUUCACCACCGGCACCAGCACCUUGGAUUAUCACUAUCGGGUGCCCUCGUUCAAAGGUUUCCAGUCCCACCUUGACGGUGUUGGUGGAGAUGUCAAUGCUGCCAACAAAUCGAACUACCUUCCCAUCAGCAUCGGCAUCCUUCUUUGUCUGCUCCAUUUGAUGGUCGAAUUCAGCGAGUUUAUCAAGGAACUCUUGCCCCGAUGCGCAGGAUUCCAGCUCCCUAGGUAUAAGACUCUGAACAGGGAAUGA